ACAGUUUCAGUCCGUAAUCUCUAACCUUCUUCGUCGCGACUUAUUAAAACGAGGUUCCGCCGAACCGAACAUCUCGCUUAUCCUUGUCCAUUCGUGAGAGACUUUUGUUCUUUUUUGUUGUUCUGAGUCGGUUUGGAUCUGUCGGUGUUGGCGCUUUGUUGUUGGAGCUAAGGGGGACGAUGGAAAGUGAUUUGAUUGAAUUGUUCGAAGGAGCGAAGAAGGCGGCCGAUGCGGCAGCUCUCGACGGUGUUGCGUCAUCAGGUCCGGAGGUUUCGAGAUGUCUCGAUGCCUUAAAACUACUCAAGAAGUUUCCUGUCACAUACGAUACGCUCGUUGCGACUCAGGUGGGAAAGAAGCUGAGGUCUCUUGCAAAACAUCCUGUUGAGGAUAUCAAAACCGUAGCUACUGAUCUGCUUGAGGUAUGGAAGAAAGUUGUCAUUGAAGAGACUGCCAAGGCUAAGAAAACCGAAAGCACAAACGGUUGUAAAGCUGCAACUGUCAAAGAGGCUAAGGUGAAUAAGAUGGAUGUUGAGAAGCCUUCAAAUCCCGCUCCUGUUAAAGUCCAGAAACUUCAGAGGGGUGAUUCGGCUAAGAGUAUCAAGGUUGAGAGAAAGGAAACAGACAGCAAAGUCACUACCGGUGUCAAGAUAGAGAGAAAGGAACCAGACAACAAAGUCACUACCGGUGUCAAGGUUGUGAGAAAGGAUUCAGACUACAAAGUUGGUGUCAAGAUAGAGACUAAGGAACCAGACAACAAAGUCACCAAUGGAGCCAAGAUAGAUUUCCGUGGUCAGGCUGUAAAGGAUGAAAAAGUCUCAAAGGAAAGCCAAUCAAGUAUGAAAGCUCCAGCCAAGGCACCUAAUGCUCCUCCAAAACUAACUUCAAUGCUCAGAUGCAAUGAUCCUGUGCGUGACAAAAUCCGUGAGUUGCUUGCGGAUGCCUUCGUCAAGGUUGCUGGAGAAGCUGAUGACUAUGAGAGAGAGUCAGUAACUGCAAGUGAUCCACUCCGUGUUGCUGUCUCAGUGGAAUCACUCAUGUUUGAGAAAUUGGGUCGCUCAACUGGAGCUCAGAAGCUCAAGUACAGAUCUAUAAUGUUCAACCUGAGGGACAGUAACAACCCAGACUUAAGAAGAAGGGUUCUCACCGGGGAGAUUUCACCAGAGAAACUCAUCACAUUGUCAGCUGAAGAAAUGGCAAGCGACAAGAGGAAACAAGAAAACAACCAGAUCAAAGAGAAAUAUCUGUUUGAUUGUGAGCGUGGUCUUGCAGCAAAAGCAUCUACUGACCAGUUCAAGUGCGGGCGGUGUGGUCAGCGCAAAUGCACCUACUAUCAGAUGCAAACAAGAAGUGCUGAUGAGCCGAUGACGACUUAUGUUACAUGUGUUAACUGCGACAACCACUGGAAGUUCUGUUAAGGAAAUCUCUGUGUGUCUUUCUAUUUCAUGAGACCCAUGUGAAGACAUAGAGAGGCUCUGAUUGAUUUAUCAGGAGCUCUAUGUCCAUUUGCCAGCAUUCUGAGAAUGUUCUGGCUCUGAUGUUGUUUAAGGAUAUCGUUCAGUGUCUUAGAGACUAGUAAGUAGGGGUAUUUACUGAUUUAGGUGUUUGUAGCUCUUAUUUAUUUUGCUUCUCUUUGUCCAAACUGUCAACUCAACUUUCUUGCAGAUUUUACCAAAUUUUGAAGUUUUUUUAUUGUUUUGUUUUA